AAAUGCCGUAAAACCAAGUUCUUUCUUAAAGCUCAACUCUUCAUGAGACCUAGAGAAGCAGAAUUCACGGUUACCCCUCGCCGACUUGUAUAUCCCCUUCUCCCGCUCAAGUACUUCUGUUCAGGCGUAUUAAUUGCAGGGACCUGAAGCUGCUCGUCAAUCUCUAACCGCGAUGCAGAACUCUGAACAGGAGUACAUCAUCGAACCUCCGCCUUCCAGUGGAAAUUACUCAUCUAGUACGAACUAUUCCCGAACAAAUUCUGGCUCGCUUUUUUCCAGUUCCCCUUUGUUUAACCAGUCUCAGUUUGACAUCGUUCUUCGGCGGCAGCGUGCUCAUAAAGAAGGAAAGCCCAAGUUUACAGCUGUUCCCUCGAGAUUCCUGAACCUCACCAAUGACUUUGAGUUUGCCGGCUGGGGUUCUAUCUCUCAUCUCAAGCUUACACCUGAAGAUAUCGGUGAAGGUGAAGCCAAACAGAGUUUUUUCCAAGACCAGCAAGUUCUUGGGCAGUUUACAGCCAGUGCGCUGGCAGCCAAUGACAUACUUGGCGGUAUAUUCUAUACUCUUCCAAGUGUUAUCGCUGUUGCCGGUGUCUACUCUCCUAUUUCGCUCUUUGUGGCUGGAUUAACAUUAUUUCUCUGGCGUCCUAUCAUGGAGGAAAUGGCUUCUGCGCUACCGAUUAGCGGGGCUCCUUAUACCUACCUGCUUAAUGUAUCAACAAAAUCUGUAGCUCUUCUUGGAGCGGCGCUACUUCUUCUCGAUUUUGCAGCGACAGCAAUAGUUUCGGCUGCAACUGCGGCAUCAUAUCUUGCAGGCGAAGUCUCGCUACCCUUUCCAAUUUAUAUUGGCACUGCCUUUGUUUUCGUGCUGUUUACUUUCGUCAGCCUUUCGGGCUUGAGAGAAAGUGCUCGCGUAGCAACUGGUGUGCUGGCGAUGCACGCUGUGAUAAUGAUCAUGCUUAUUAUAGCCUCUGCUAUUGCUUGGGGCCGAGCCGGGUUGGCUCAGCUUGGUUCCAACUGGUCAUUGGGGCAGGUUGGAUUGUCUCCUACGGUUAUAGCCCGACAGGUGUUCAAUGGCAUAUGUAUAGGGAUGCUUGGACUGACUGGAUUUGAAUGCGCACCCGCAUAUACAGCAAAGAUGAAGAAGAACUGCUAUCCUAAGGUUCUGCGCAACUUGCAUUUAUCUGCGCUUGUCCUGAAUAGCGGGAUGAUGCUCCUCAUUGUGGCGUUGUUGCCCCUCGACGUGGUUGAAAGUGGCGACAAUAUCCUCAGUUUAUUAGCUCAAAGGGUUGCAGGGCGGUGGUUACGAAUAAUGGUCGUAGUGGACGCUGUUGUUGUACUCUGUGCGGGUGUACUCACAGGAAUCUUGAGCGCAUGCGAGCUCUUUGCUGAGCUAUCAUACGAUCGCGUCAUCCCUCACAUUUUUCUUGCCAGACUGCCGGCGACAGGCGCCCCCUAUGUCACAGUCUUUUCAUUUAUUGCAUUUAGUGUUUUAAUAUAUGCAAGCACGGGUGCUAACCUGAUUGUGAUAUCCCAGAUGUUUACGAUGGUGUGGUUGUCCGUUAUGGCGCUCUUCCCGGUGUCUCUGAUACUCCUCCGUUUCUCACGACCUCGACUUCCGCGUGGGUCGCAAUGCUCACUGCUGAUCGUUGCUGGUGCUGUAGGUGUCACUAUCACAGUAGCGGGAGGUAACAUUGCCAUCGAUCCUACCAUAGCAGGCUGGUUUGCUCUAUACUUCAGUGUCCUUCUCGUCCUGUUCUCCAUGUCGCAAAAUAAGGUCACUAUACUGCGGUGGAUAUACUGGGAGUACGACCAGCUUCCCUGGCUACAUAGACUGCACUUUACCAAAGGGUGGGGUGACGGUCUGAUCCGGCUUAUGAGAAGCAUGCGUAGGCAGGAGGUUUGUUUGCUGGUUAAAACCGACGAGAUCAAUGAUCUAUUCAACAUGAUUCUUUAUGUCCGGCAUAAUGAAGAAACGGCAUGUCUGAAGAUAGUGCACUUUCAUAAUGGAGAUAUACCUUCCGAGAUGGAGGCCAAUGCUAAGAUUCUGGACGAAGCCUUUCCUGAAAUCACCGUUGACCUGAUGCUUGUUGAGGGCAAAUUUGACCCAAAAAAUCUAGCUGCCCUAGCGCACCAUUUGAAGAUUCCGCGGUCCCUCAUGUUCAUGAGCAGCCCAGGUCCGAAUUUCCAGUACCCUGUAGCAGAGCUUGGAACACGCAUUAUCUCAAUCUGAGCACCACGUACAUCGCAUCGAUCCCAUCGGUUAUCGACAUGAAAUUCGCGCUGUAUGGUAGGGCGCCGCUCUUUUGAUAUCGAGCAACUUCUUGUGUUACUAUGGGCUUUGUCUCCAAGUGUAGACGCUGUAUAAUUGUUUUUACAAGCUUACAUAGAUCUAAGUUAAUGUUAGGCCCGUCUGUAGAAUCUGUAGGCUUUAUCUAUGGCUACGUCGUAGUGAUUGAAUCAUCUGGUCCCUUCGUACAUAAUAUAUUUAGUUGUUGUCGUG